UCGAUUCGGGAGUGACAGCUGUGGUGGUGAGCAGAGUAAGGGUGGAACGUCUGGGAAAGGGAUCAUUGACACCGGACGUACCGGGGAAAGGGAUCGCGGACAAAAGGGGCACCGAGAACUAGAAUCAAAAACAGGAAGACGUAAGGAAGAACGGUGUCAUUAGCGGCUCGCAGCGCCGAGGGAAGCACUGACAGGAGGAAUAGGGGGUCAUAGGCUAGGAUAUUGGGGUGUAGGCCUGUAUUGGGGCGCCUUGCGGAUCCCUGUCUGCACUGUGUAUUUGUGGUUGUAACAAUGUUUCGGUGGUCAUCAGUAAAGAAGCGUCACCUUUGUUAAUGGCACACUGAAGUAGUGGUCUCUCUUUAGGAGAGAGAGGUUAUUUAAAGGUGUUACCUGAUGGCAUCUCAAUAUAACGCACCCUUUGACGAACAGGGAGAGGUGCGGGAGGGUUUCUUGUGCCCACUAUGUUUGAAGGAUCUCCAGUCCUUUUACCAGCUUCAUUCCCAUUAUGAAGAAGAACAUUCCAGUGAAGACAGAGAUGUGAAGGGACAGCUGAAAAGUCUGGUGAAAAUUGCCAAGAAGGCAACAAACAAGCUGCUAAAGAGAGAUGGAGCUGAGCGUGCUGAUGGUGGGAGCCAGGAGCGAUAUGAAUCGUAUAGUUAUGGUGGAGUAGAUCCAUGCUUGUGGGACCCUCAGGAGCUGGGAGCCACAAAGAGCCACCUGGCAGAUUUUAAGAGACAUCGAGCUGCCCGGAUUGACCAUUAUGUUGUGGAAGUGAACAAGUUAAUUAUCCGCUUAGAAAAGCUAACAUCAUUUGACCGAGUUAAUACGGACUCUGCCAGGAUAAGAGCCAUAGAAAAGUCUGUGGUACCGUGGGUUAGUGACCAGGAUGUGCCGUUCUGCCCUGACUGCGGGAAUAAGUUUAGCAUCCGUAACAGGCGCCACCACUGUCGGCUGUGUGGAUCCAUAAUGUGCAAGAAAUGUACCGAACUUGUCACACUCCAGUUUGCUAGUAAGCUAACCAGUGCCAGCAAACACUCGGUGUCUUCUCAUGGUAGCCCCAACAUGUCCCCGAACAGCAGCGCCCAGGCGUCACGCAGGGGCAGCAUCAGCAGUCUUAGCAGCGUCAGCUCGGUCCUGGAGGACAAAGACGACGACAAGGUCCGUUGUUGCCAGCACUGCAAGGACACGCUGAUCAAACGGGAGAUGCAGAUGGACGAGAAGGACCACACGCCUGAAAUCGUCAAACUCUAUCAGAAACUCAGAGCCUGUAUGGAGAAGGUUGAUCAGAAGGCACCUGAAUAUAUCAAGAUGGCUCAGUCUAUAAACGCGGGUGAGACAACCUACAAUUUGGACUUUGCCAAUAAUGUUCGGCUGGAGGUGCAGAAACUCUAUGAAUUAAUAGAUGCAUUCAGCAAGAAGAUUCUUAUCUUGGGAAUGAAUGAAGAGCCUAAACCUCACCCCAAAACUCAGCAGCUCCAGAAGAUGGUGAGAUACUCAGCCACGCUGUUUGUGCAGGAAAAGCUUCUGGGUCUGAUGUCUCUGCCUACUAAGGAGAAGUACGAGGAGCUGAAGGAGAAGCGCAGGCAGGAGAACGAGCAGAAGAUGCAGAGGGAACGGCAGGCAGCACUUGAGGCACAGAGGAGAGGAGAUGAGAAAAAAGGAGACGCUGCCUCUCGCUCAUCUGAUGCACUCAACGGAGAACUUUCUCCAAGAGGAGGCAUUCGGAAGGUGGAAGGGUGGCUUCCGACACCUGGAGCUCCUAGAAAUAGAGAGACCCUGGACCCGCUUCUCCAGCAGAUCGAGAACAUAACCUCGUACAUCCAACAAGCGAGAGAGGCCGGGCGUGUGGAUGAGGUGCAAAUGCUAGAGGAGAAUCUGCGACAGCUACAGGAGGAGUAUGAUCAGCAACAGGUGGAAACUGCUAUUCGGAUGUCCAAGGAGCUGGCCGAAGAGGAGGAUAUGCAGAGAGAGCAGCUGGAGGUGCUCAGGAGGAGAGAAGAGGAACGAGAGCAACUUAAGGGCUUGGUUAAACACAACAGGACUCAUUCGCUGGACUUUAGAGAGCAGGCGCAGAUGUCCAUCUGGCAAGACAUGCAGACAUCAGCACUGGACUUGGAGCUCCCUAAAAGAGAUUUAAGUCCUCUUUUGUCCUCUUCAACUCCUGGAAUAACUCAAAGUAGAAGCGAGACGGAAACCGAUCCUGACCUACUUAGUCGUCCUGUGUGUCUUUCCCCAGUAAUGUCCCAUGUGGAAGUGAAUAAAACUACCCCACCAAACCCAUUUGAAGAGGAUGAGCCUGCACCUGCCCUUCCAAACCACACUCAGCAAAAUGGUCGGAAAGAAUAUAACCCUUUUGAUGAGGAUGAUGAGGAGAAGCCAGAUGGAGACCAAACCGAUAAACCUGGUUCCGGACUGGACUAUUACAAUCCCUUUGAAAACUCUAAAGAUAAUUACUUGGAGCCGGUGGCUUCAAAAAACCCCUUUGAGGAUGAUGAGCAAGCUGGGUCGGGGAACCCAUUUGAGGAGUCGAUGGAGGAAGAGCAGAUAGAAGAAGAAUUGCUCCUGCAGCAGAUUGACAACAUCAAGGCGUACAUCUUCGAUGCCAAGCACAGCGGUCGUCUAGAUGAGGUGGAGGUCUUGACAGAGAAUCUGAGAGAACUGAAGAUGACACUGGCUAAACAGAAAGGACAGACCAAGUGACCAGAAGAGGAAAAUCCCUAGCCAUGACCGUGGCUUUACUGCAAGGUGUCCACACUCCAUAAUCCUACAGACCUUUGAAUAUCGAUGCCUUUAACACAGAGAGCGUCUUAACACACAAAGCAUCAGAGAGACU